GGACACCCGUGGCUGCUCCGUGACCCGCUCCCGGUGUUCCCCUCUCCCCGGUGCCUCAUCAGUGCGAGCGGAGCGUGCGCGAUGUUUUGGAGCCCCUCAGUCAAGGGUCGUCGUAACCAUGUUUGGCUUCACUGCUUUAAUCACAGAUAAUCACGUGAUGCUCUGCUUGUCGCUCUGCUGUGUUGGGAAAUGGAUUGGGACCAGUUUGACUUGAACCCUAGAACAGUUGCUGCACUGAAGAAAGCUGACAUUAAAUCAGUAAAAGAGAUCUUAAACCUUUCUGGAGCAGACUUGCAAAGACUGAUGAAGCUCCCCAGCACAGACAUACAGUGCCUGCUGACAACAGUCUCUCGCUCGCUGAGGAGGAACAGCAUGGUCACAGCACUUCAGCUCUACCAAGAUAAAGAUCAUCUCACCUCCCAAAGCCAGAAGCUGAGCCUGGGAUGUUCAGUGCUGGAUAACUUGUUAAAAGGUGGCAUUCCUUUAGUGGGAAUCACAGAGCUGGCUGGGGAAAGUUCUGCUGGGAAGACUCAGAUUAGUUUACAGCUGUGCCUGUGUGUGCAGUAUCCCUACAAAUAUGGUGGAUUAGAGUCUGGAGCUGUCUACAUUUGCACAGAAGAUGCAUUCCCAAGUAAGCGUUUGCAGCAACUCAUAGGCCAGCAACAUAAGCUGCGUGCAGAUGUUCCAGCUGAGAUCAUACAGAAGAUCAAAUUCGGAAACAGUAUUUUUGUCGAGCACGCAGCAGACCUGGACACCUUCCACAGGUGCAUCACGACGAGGCUGUCCCUGCUGCUGGCCAGGGGGAUGGUCAGGCUGGUGGUCAUCGACUCCAUCGCUGCCUUGUUCCGCUGCGAGUUCGGGGUUUCGGAGUCUGUUAUGAAGGCUCGGUAUUUGCAGACCUUUGGAGCGCAGCUUCACAGUUUGAGCACAAGAUUCAGGACUCCAAUAAUGUGCAUUAAUCAGGUGACAGAUGCAGUGAGCGAGUUGGAAGCUGCUCAGUGCAGUUGUAGGGUAGUGGGGAACCGAGUUGUUCCAGCACUUGGAAUAACCUGGGCAAAUCAGCUGCUGAUGAGACUGAUGGCCAGCCGGAUAUCCCUGCCUGGACAAGCAUCUGGAGUGGCAUCACACUGCACUGGAAGUGUGAGGACUUUGAGGGUAGUUUUUGCUCCUCAUCUCCCUCCAUCCUCUUGCUACUAUACAGUACAGUUGGAAGGUGUAAAAGGGAUAAAAUAACUCCUUUGCAUAGUGAAGUAUUCUGCUCCAAAAAAAAAAGGUAUCAGAACUAUGCUUCAUGAAGAAUUACUGUUAAAAUGCAGUUCCUCCUAGGAAGGGAAGAGAGAAGUGGAUGGUCGAGUACAUGAACAAUGGCAUGACUUCAUUUAGCCUUGUCUACAUUGUGAAAGAUGUUUUUACACUUGGAUAUUCGGCUUGUCCUUGUGAGAGAAGUGCUCUGGAGGAGAGUGAAGCUGUGGGCAGGUGGAGGCUGCACAGUGAAGUGGGAGGUGGCAAUCCCCAUGCUGGGGGAGACCUGAUGUCUCAUUUUAUUUUAAUUGCAUACUAAUGUAGAACCAGCAUUUACUGCAGUUGUGGACCCUCUCUGUUUCCAGACCCAAAGGGACUCAACUUGAAUCAGUCAGUGUUGCCUGCUGGUGGUUCUGGGCUGCCAUUAAGGAUAGCUGUCCUUUGGAAUAAGACAAGGCAGCUUUGUCACAAAGCAGUGUCCUAUUUUAAAACCCCUUGUUAUUAAUAUCUGGAUUUUAAAAAAUACAAUACCAAAAAGGUACUUGAUUUUAACAUCUUACUAUAAGAAUUAAAAUUGUACUGCCUUUCUACUAGAUAGGUAUGUUCAGCUUCAUAGCACUUCUACAAUUUUUCCUACUGGUUAAUUUCCACUCUUUUCCUGCUUUCCUGUCCCGUCCCUUCGUAGCAAAAGCCUCUUUAGCCUCAUUCAUUUGAAAAAUAAUGAACCACACCUCCAUCCCCUUG